AUGGGAAACCUUGUCAAUCUUGUUGAGCUUUACAUGGAUAACAACAAUUUCAUAGGUCCCAUCCCUUCUACUCUUGGAAACUUGACUAAGCUAAUUGUGUUACACUUGUUCAACAAUCACCUAUCCGGCUUCAUUCCACAAGAGAUAGGAAAGUUGAAAUCACUCCAAGACCUAAGCUUUGGAAACGACAGUCUUAUUGGCUCAAUUCUAACAUCUUUUGGUGAUUUGAGCUCCGUAACACUCCUACAUCUUUGGAAUAAUCAACUCUCUGGUUCAAUUCCUAAAGAACUAGGGAAUUUGAAGUUCCUCAAUGAUCUGGAAUUGAGCGAAAAUCAACUCAGUGGUCCUAUUCCUGCUUCAUUAGGCAAUUUGUCUAAGUUAGAAAUUCUUUUCCUUCGUCCCAACCAACUUUCCGAUCCCAUUCCACAUGAAUUUGGAAAUUUGACAAACUUGCUUGUACUAGAAAUGGUUAGGGAGAUCCCAAAGGAAUAUGGAAAGUUGACUUCUUUGGAGUGGAUGAUUUUGGCUAAUAAUCAGCUUUCAGGUUGGAUACCUCAAGAACUUAGAUCACUAACUAAGUUGUCAAAACUUGAUUUAUCCACAAACAAAUUUAGUGGGCCACUACCAGGUAUUUUGGAGAACUAUCGAAAUCUGUUUUACUUGAACCUGAGCAACAACAUGUUCAACCAGCAAAUUCCAUUACAGAUUGGUAAGUUAUUUCAACUAACCGAGAUGGAUCUGAGUAGUAACAUUCUCAUAGGGGAAAUACCAUUGGAAAUCACAAAUUUGAAAAGCUUGGAAAAGUUGAACCUCUCCCACAAUAAACUCUCUGGUCUCAUUCCAAAGAGUUUUGAAGGUAUGUAUGGCUUGGCUUAUGUUGAUAUAUCGUAUAGAGUUUUCAAAGGCCUGCAGCCUUGCAAAGUUCUUUCUACAUUGCACAAACACACUCUAGAAAGAAGGACACUUGUUCUUGUAAUCAUGCUCUCUCUUGGUGGAGCACUCUUACUUCUAGGUGCAUUCAUUAGACUUCUCUUUAUGUUCAAUUCAAGAAAGACAAAGUCACAAGUUGAAGAGGGUGACACCCAACCCCCGAAAGAAGAUUUGUUAUCGAUAUCAAUAUUCAAUGGAAGAGCAAUGUACAAUGACAUUGUACAAGCUACCAAUGAUUUCGAUGCCGCAUAUUGCAUUGGAAAAGGAGGAUAUGGAACUGUCUACAAAGCGAAGUUACCAUCAACGAAUAUAGUAGCUGUGAAGAAACUUCAUCCGUUAUCCGAGAGGGCUGAUAGGAAAGAUUUCUUAAAUGAGGUAAGGACAUUGACAGAAAUUAAGCAUUGA